AUGUCUAUUAAAAGAAAAUUGUAUAAUGACAUAAUGGAAGAAUUUGCGAAAUGCGAUAAUGAGGAUUGUGUACAGCAUGACAUACAUCCCGAAAUUGAUAUAAUGUACAAUAGCAUUAAUAUAUUUCUUGGUCAGAGAGGAAGUGGCAAAACCUUUAACGGAUUUAACAUAGCAGCUCUGAUUUCCAGAAUUCCCACAAAAUACCACCUUUUCGUUUUUGUUUCAAAUAACCCAAACGAUGAAACGUUUAGGAAAUUCAAACCUUUAGUUAAAAUUCCUUCCGUGUUAAUUUCAUAUCAGGAGAGUGAAUCAUUUAUGACCGAAUUAAUAGAAUAUAAGCAAGCAUACGACAAAAUUAAAUUCAAAAAAUUAGAAGGAAGAUUAACAGAUGAAUGCAAAAAAGAUAUUUUAUCACAUUUAUACAUUAAUGAUUUCCACAAUCCCUCGUUGCAUACUUUAAUUCUUUACGACGAUGCUUUAGAAGUAUUUAAGAAACCAAACGCUAAAGAGUUUAGGUAUUUGUUAGAGAAUCGCCAUACACGUUCAACGUAUAUUUUAAAUAUACAGGACUGGAAAGGAAUAAGUCCUCAGUUAAAAGCUAAUAUUGAUUCAGUAUGGAUGUUUGGUGGUUAUCCUCGAAAUCGUUACUGUUAUAUAUUUAAUCAGCUUUCAUCACCGAUGGAUAGAGAUGAAAUAUAUGAAGUGUAUAAGAACUUAAACAAACGUGAAGCGUUAAUUUUUAGUAAUAAGAGCAGUGGUACUGUUAUAAAACAACUUUUAGAAAACGGUGAAACAUAUGAAAUAUUUAAUAAUACUUAA